GUGAUUCCAGCUCCACGAGGGCGCCAGGCUCCUAGUUCUGGUUCUGCCGGCUGCCCGCUGUGACAGGAGCCCAGCGUCUUCCCUCCAUGCGCCUGUUUACCUGACUGACCUGGUGCUCUCCCUUCUACGACUUAGAGUCCCCUCAACUUGCUGACCAGCACAGAACAGCUCAAACUCAUUACUCUGCUGACGGCGGACUUUUAGCAAAGCCUUGAGAAAAAGAAGAAAUCAGGGCCAGAGAGAGAAGUGAGGAGAAUCAGAUCCCAGGUCUUUGGGGAGAAGGAGCUGGGAGCAGCACCCCCUCCACCAUCGCCCUUACCAGGUGGGAAGAGCAGGCUGAGAAGAGCCGGAGCCCACAGGCCUCCUGGGAGAACCGCUCUGAACAGGGGAUGUGGUGGUGAGGCGGAAUCUGCAGACCCUGCCGGAAGAGGGCUCACAGGGCCAUGGCCCAGGUCAGCAUCAACAGUGACCUUGGCGAGUGGGGCUUCAGCACGGAUGCUGGGGAGCGGGCCCGUCUGCUGCAGAGUCCCUGUGUGGACUCGGACCCGAAGAGUGAGGGGGAGGCCUCUCCUGAGAGUCUGAGCAGAGGCACCACGUCCACAUUUGGGGCCAUCUUCAUUGUAGUCAACGCCUGCCUGGGGGCAGGAUUGCUCAACUUCCCAGCAGCCUUCAGCACCGCCGGGGGCGUGGCAGCAGGCAUCACCCUGCAGAUGGGCAUGCUGGUUUUCAUCAUCAGCGGCCUCGUCAUCCUCGCCUACUGCUCCCAGGCCAGCAACGAGCGGACCUAUCAGGAGGUGGUGUGGGCUGUGUGUGGCAAGCUGACGGGCGUGCUGUGCGAGGUGUCCAUUGCCAUCUACACCUUCGGCACCUGCAUCGCCUUCCUCAUCAUCAUUGGGGACCAGCAGGACAAAAUUAUAGCUGUGUUGGCAAAGGAGCCUGAGGGGGCCGGUGGCAGCCCCUGGUACACAGACCGCAAGUUUACCAUCAGCCUCACCGCCUUCCUCUUCAUCCUGCCCCUCUCCAUCCCCAGGGAGAUCGGCUUCCAGAAAUAUGCCAGCUUCCUGAGCGUCGUGGGCACCUGGUAUGUCACCGCCAUCGUUAUCAUCAAGUACAUCUGGCCGGAUAAGGAGAUGACCCCGGGGGACAUCCUGACCAGGCCAGCUUCCUGGAUGGCCGUGUUCAAUGCCAUGCCCACCAUCUGCUUUGGAUUUCAGUGCCACGUGAGCAGCGUGCCCAUCUUCAACAGCAUGCGGCAGCCCGAGGUGAAGACCUGGGGCGGGGUGGUGACGGCCGCCAUGGUCAUAGCCCUUGCUGUGUACAUGGGCACAGGCAUCUGUGGCUUCCUGACCUUUGGCGCUUCUGUGGACCCCGACGUGCUCCUGUCCUACCCCUCCAACGAUGUGGCCGUGGCCGUGGCCCGCGCCUUCAUCAUCCUGAGCGUGCUCACCUCCUACUCCAUCCUGCACUUCUGUGGCCGGGCGGUGGUCGAAGGCCUGUGGCUGCGCUACCAGGAGAUGCCCGUGGAGGAGGACGUGGGGCGGGAGCGGCGGCGGCGAGUGCUGCAGACGGUGGUCUGGUUCCUGCUCACCCUGCUGCUGGCGCUCUUCAUCCCCGACAUCGGCAAGGUCAUCUCGGUCAUCGGAGGCCUGGCCGCCUGCUUCAUCUUCGUCUUCCCAGGGCUGUGCCUCAUUCAAGCCAAACUCUCUGAGAUGGAGGAGGUCAAGCCAGCCAGCUGGUGGGCGCUGGUCAGUUACGGAGUCCUCUUAGUCACCCUGGGAGCCUUCAUCUUCGGCCAGACCACAGCCAACGCCGUCUUCGUGGAUCUGUGGGCAUAACCGCGGCCUCCUUUGCACCCAGGAACCCACCUCAGAGCUGCGGGCCCACGCUGACUCGGGCAUCAUUCCCCUCUGCUGGUGGGAUGAUUCCAGGGACGGAUCUGGGCUGAAAUCGGGCCCCACAGUCUGGAGCCUGCGGCACGGGCAUGUGCCCUGCCUGGGAAUUGAACACACCAGCUCCCUUCCUGCUCCCCCGUCCUGGCGGGGCCCUGGAUGGUGCGAGGAGGGCCACAGGAGCCUCCCUGCCUCCUCCAGCUCUCAGCUCCUCCAGGCCUGGAGCCCACGGUGAAGAGGCUCAGCAGGUCUCAGAAGAAGGCAUCAGCUUGACUUCCCUCUGGAGAAGGAGGGCGGGCAGAGGGGCGCCCUCUCCAUAGCGCAGGGGCUCCACGCCUGCUCCCAUCUGUCCGCAGACCAGCCAGCAGUGGCUUCCUCUGGCCUCCGGCCAGUCCCAAAGGUAGCGCUGAAUUCACACGGAUGCACAGAGGCAGGUAGAGUUCGUGCCUCACCCACUCCCUCCGGGGCCCAUAGUGAGCCCACAGCCCUCUUUCCCACGGCUGACUGACAUUCCCCGAGGCUUUGGGACCUCACCGAGUGUCUCCCCCCAAACCUCAGGGGCCAGGCAUCCCUCUCCUCCUCCAUCCCCGGAUGUCACCAAGUCUUAUGUUUACAAACGGUGCCCGCCCGGCUCAGCCAGGGACCAGGGGCCGUCCCGUGCCUCGGUGCUGUGAGCACUCCGCCUCCCACUCCGCCUCCGUUAGCUUUCCCCAUGGCAGCGGGGAGGAGGGGGGCUGUGCUUCUCUCUCAGAUUCCAGAUGGGCCCCUCUUUUCAGAGGCACAAAAGUGGGUGAUGGAGAAGGCUGGGGACCUUUCGGACCUGUGCAGGCUGGGCUGGUCAGGGCCAAGGCGAACCUGUCUGCUACCCUCUCCUCCAAUGAUUGCUUCUCGCUGCCUCCCCUGCCAUCCCUCACGGGGUGGCCCAGAGGCUCGCAGGGUGCCGAGCUGUCAUUGACCGGGCAGCGUGGGAGGGCAGCUCCGCCAGCCUGGAACUUCCUACCUGGAUCUGGUCUGCUCUUCCCCCACCCCAUCCUUUCUUCACCCCCCACCCCAUUUUUCUAUGUAGUUCAAUCUCCUGCUCACCUAAGUAUCGGGGGGCGGGCUGCCAAACCCUCCCUUGUUAACUUCCUCAGCUCCACACAUCCAGGCCUGACCUCGGUGGCCUGUCAGUCACCCUGAGGUCACACCUGGAUUGUGCCCCAGGCAUGAUGACGGGGGACACUUCUCCCAUUGCACAUUCCCAUCGUGAACACCUUGGCCAGCACCAGGCACCGAAUCGAGAGCUUCCUGUGCCUGGAACGCUCAGCUUUUUUCCAGCCCCUCCUGCCCCAAACCUCUGUCCUGGGCAAGGUAUGGGGACCCCGGCCAGCAGCCCACCAGUCAGAGCAGUCAGAUCUAGGGAACAGGCUGGUGGGAGGCCCCAUAGGCGUCUGCCCAGCCCCCACACUGGUGACCUGCCUUUCCUCACCUCCUGGCCCCUGGGAUCAGAGCCCCUCUGCUGGUUCCUCUCAGCCUGGCCUGCUGCACCUCACCAGGCCCUGCCAGCACCCAUCCCUGACAAGGUCCGGAGGAUGUCUCAGCCAGCAUGGCCGCCCAGCCUCCUGAUGCUGGAUUUCUGGGUGGAGGGUGGUAAGGGAGUGAUUACACGGAAUCAUUCGGGGAAAGGGGCUGGAAUCUGGCCUUUCGGCCGAAACUCAGGAGCCCCGACCCUCCCUGCUGGGGCCUUUUACUGUUUCUUUUCUACUCGGGCACAUUCAGACCAGGGAAGGUGAUUAAUAAAAAGGAGCUUGUGCUACUGA